AUGGGGUAUCCACAAAUACAGGGGUCAUAUUCUAAUUCACGAUCACAUCCAUUUGUAUCAUUAUCUCCGGUAUCGUCGUACGAAAGCGGCGGACAGGCACCAGGAGCGGACGAAGAGGCCAAGGACGAUAUUGGGGGUAGUAGUACGGAUUAUGGUAACUUCUCGCCUCUUCUCUCGUUGCCAUUAGAAAUUUUGUAUCAGAUCAUCGAGAUUGUGUACUACGAUGACAACACGACGUCAAUCAACUCUAACUUGGAGAAUUUUUCAAAGACUAUUCCCCUUUUGCUGAAGGCACUCAACACUAUUUCACUCCGGUUUCUCUAUAAAUACGCUAAUUUCAACCGGCCACAUUCGUUUGACAAGUUUUUGCAGAAUUUGAUAAAAUAUCCAACUUUGGGUCAGUUCGUGGAGUUUAUGGAUUUUCAGAUCUUCACGUCGAUUGGGUUGGGUCGGACAGGAAGAAUGAACCAGGAAAUUCAGAUGGUGACAUCCAAGACUAUUUUGCAGGCAUUAGAGUUGACUCCCAACCUAAUUGAAUUUUUGGCAAGCGAAAACAUCCAGGAUGAUUUGGACGAGCAUGUAUUGAAUUACUUAUUUAAUAACUUGCCCAAAUUGCAAGCGUUAGACUUCUGUGGUGCAAGUAGUGAGAGCUUCAUGUCUGCAUUCCAAAAGUUGAUCAUCAAUGACCCGAUUAAUGAAUUGGAUGAUGACGAAGUUGUUCUGAAAAGCAGCUUAGAAAACCUUUUUAAAAUAUCAUUUCAUGACUGUUCAAAUUUACCUCCUGAUGUUUUUAUCAAAAUCUUGCCUCACUUACCUAAUUUGCGGAGGUUAGAUUUGACACAUACUUCCAUAACAUCUACCAUUUUGAAUACUUACUUACCUCACUCCAUUAAAUUAACGCAUAUUUCAUUGGCAAAGUGCUCCAAAUUAACCACCAAAGACUUGAUAAAUUUCUUGACUAAUCAUCCUGCAGUAUGCCAAAAUCUGUUGAUUUGGCUUAACUUGCAGAUUGAUUCUAAUAUGGUAAGUCCUUUGAAUGAAGUAUAUUUAUAUUAUACAUUAAAGCAUUUAAAGGCUGAAAACCUUCGUUAUUUGAAUUUAGGAGGUUUGCCUUUGAACGGUAAGAUAUUGAGGUUAAUCAAGACAAACUUCACCCACCUUGAAAGCUUAUCCUUAUCGCAUUCUUCAAUUGAAUUAAAUGACGUCAAUGAGUAUUUAAAUGAAAACAAAAGUAUCAGAUAUUUGGACCUCACUGGUUGCAAGAAGAUAACUAGAUGGAAUUUAACUCACAUUUUAAAAGCUAAUUAUGAUUCUCCCUUAUCAGCAAUAGAAUUUGACUAUAAACUUUUGUUUGAAUUAACUAGUGGCGAGUUUGUCAAAAUUUUACCAUUACAAUCUUCCAAUAUGAAUUUGCUUUCAUACGAAACUAAAGAACCAGAGAUCUGGAAGUUUUAUGACAAUGAAGGACGGAGAUCCUGGAUUUACAAAAUUGUCCCUGGGGAUCCUAACUAUAAUUCCAUUCUAAAUAAUAAUAACAAGGCUCUCGCUAAUUCAAAUUUAACCUUCUACGAUUUAGAAACUGGUGAAAAGAUUGUUCAGAGAGUUAAGAAACCAGAGUUCUUGAAAUAUGCUUCCAGAAAGGUUAACUGUUCUAUUGGCUAUUUCAAUCUCAAUAUGGUUAAAAAGAAGAACUACAUUCAAAACAAGCUCAAUGAAAACAUUUGGCCGGUGGAGUUCAGUCAAAGAGGGAUUUAUAAUUACUACUCAUUAAACAUCAAAUAA